AUGGAAAAAGUACAACAAGAAGUAACAGAAAUAGCACAAGGAAGAUCCAUGAUUCUGGAAAAGGAUUUAGAGAAAAUGAAUUAUCUUAAAGCCAUCAUCAAGGAGACCUUACGUUUGCAUACUCCAGUUCCACUACUUGUUCCUCGAGAAUCAACACAAGAUGUGAAAGUAAUGGGGUACGACAUUCCAUCUGGCACACAAGCGAUUGUGAAUGCUUGGGCAAUAGGAAGAGAUCCUACCUUAUGGGAAGAACCAGAGGAGUUUAGGCCUGAAAGGUUCUUGAAUUCUUCCACAGAUUACAAAGGGCUUCACUUUGAGUUGCUUCCAUUUGGUGGUGGACGUAGAGGGUGCCCUGGAAUUCCAUUUGCUAUAAUAAUCAUUGAAUUAGCAUUAGCGAAUAUGAUAUACAAGUUCGAUUUGGCAUUACCUGAUGGAGUAAAAGGCAAGGAUUUGGACAUGAGUGAGAAGUAUGGCCUUGUUGUCCAUAGGAAAUCUCCUUUAAUUGUUGUGGCAACUUCUCGUUUCUAG